AUGGAAAUGGACAUGUUAAUCUGCAACAAAUGCUUCACUCCGCUUUGUAGAGGCAAACAUCCGUACUACAUUACACAGUGCGGUCACAUCUCUUGCCAGACUUGUCUGCAGCAAUUCGAGAAGCAGUGUCCGCAAUGUCAACGUGUCGGCACUAUUUCGUUAGCAUUAGAAGAACCGUUAAUACCGAAGUUGACGCCAUUCUUCCACACUUCUGUUGUCGAGACUAUGGAAAUGUUGUUGAAGGUGUACUCGUUCCGCAAUAAUCAGUUAACAAUAUCGAUGCAGCGCUUCCAGGAAAUUGAUAAAAAAUACGAUUUACUGAAAAGCAAGUAUUGGCAAACCCAUCGCGAUUUGAAAGCGUUGGCGGAAAAAUACAUGAUUACGAAGAAAACUAAUGAGAAGCUCAAAAAGAAACUGCUGUUCGUUGAAAUGGCCAAUGAGGAAACUUCGCGAUCCCGCAGAAUAGAAACGCCGAUGACGACUGACUCCGGUAUUUCCUCGAAUCAGUUGCGCACAGGAUGUUCUUUGGCAUCAUCAAUGCAUUUUAUGAAUUCUGCGGGCAUAACACCACCUAUUCGAUCGCCCGAGAGGAAAUUCUUUAGAACAGAUGGUUUUCGCAUACCCAUAAACCGUAAAUUAACUACGAAAUCUCUUGCUUCUUCAAAUAUGUUAUCUUAAACUGU